AUGAUUAUCUAUAAGGAUAUUAUCACCGGUGACGAGAUCAUCUCGGACUCCUACGACCUGAAGUUGAUUGACAAUGUCGUCUACGAGUGCGACUGCCAAAUGAUUACCCUUGGCGCGGUCGACGUCAACACCGGUGCCAAUGCCUCUGCUGAGGAGGCCGAUGAGGGUGUUGAGGAUGGCGCGGUCCAAGUCAACAACGUUGUCAACUCCUUCCGUCUACAAUCGACACAGUUUGACAAGAAGUCGUAUCUUAGCCAUCUCAAGGGAUACAUGAAGAAGGUUAAGGAGUUGUUGAAGGAGAAGGGAGCCGACGAGUCGGUUGUCACAGAAUUCGAGAAGGGCGCCCAAGCCUAUGCCAAGAAGAUUAUUGGCAACUUCAAGGACUAUGACUUCUACAUUGGGGAGUCAAUGGACCCUGAUGGAAUGGUUGUGCUCAUGAACUACCGCGAGGACGGAACCACCCCCUUCGUCACUGUCUGGAAGCAUGGUCUCGUUGAGAUGAAGGUCUAG